AUGCAGAGCGACGACUCCAAGAAGCCCCCCAAGCGGCCGCGAGGCGAGGACAGCCCCCGAACCCCGGCCCGCGCCCCUCCCGCCGCCGCCGGCGAGGGCUCUCCGGGCCCCGCGCUGCCCCCCGACCAUCGGGAGUGGGACGCGGAGCAGGUGUGCCGGUACCUCCGCCGCUGCGGCUUCGGGGAGCCCGCGCUGCUCAGGCGCUUCCAAGAAAGUCAAAUCACGGGUUCAGAUCUGCACCUUAUUGAUGAGACUCGUCUUGAAGGUCUUGGAGUAAGUUCCUUGGAAAAGAGAAGCGAGCUGAUAAAAAUUUUGCAACAACUGAAUCAGUAUACUGAUAUAAUGAAGGUGAUUAACGAUCCUGUCCAUGGCCACAUUGAACUGCACCCUCUACUCAUCCGAAUCAUUGACACACCUCAAUUUCAGCGGCUUCGAUAUAUUAAACAGUUGGGAGCCGGUUACUAUGUUUUUCCAGGAGCUUCACACAAUCGAUUUGAACAUAGUCUAGGUGUAGGGUAUCUUGCAGGUUGUCUAGUUCGUGCAUUGCAUGAAAAACAGCCAGAGCUGCAGAUAAGUCAACGAGAUAUACUCUGUGUUCAGAUUGCUGGGCUUUGUCAUGAUCUUGGUCAUGGUCCAUUUUCUCAUAUGUUUGAUGGAAGAUUUAUUCCACUUGCUCGUCCAGGUGUGAAGUGGACGCAUGAACAGGGCUCAGUUAAGAUGUUUGAUCACUUAAUAAAUUCCAAUGGACUCAAAGAUGUUAUGAAACACUAUGGUCUUGUCCCUGAAGAAGAUAUUUGCUUUAUCAAGGAACAGAUUAUAGGACCACUGAAUAAACAAGUGGAGCCGACUUCUUGGCCAUAUGAAGGGCGUCCUAAAGAGAAAAGCUUCCUUUAUGAAAUAGUGGCUAAUAAAAAAAAUGGCAUUGAUGUGGACAAAUGGGAUUAUUUUGCUAGGGACUGCCAUCAUCUUGGAAUCAAAAAUAGUUUUGAUUAUCAACGCUAUAUUAAGUUUGCCCGUGUCUGUGAAGUAGAGGGUACAAGGCAUAUUUGUACUAGAGAGAAGGAGGUUGGGAAUCUCUAUGACAUGUUCCACACUCGCAAUGCUUUGCAUCGCAGAGCUUAUCAGCACAAAAUCAGUAACAUCAUUGAUACAAUGAUUACUGAUGCUUUACUCAAAGCAGACUGCUGCAUAGAGAUUACAGGUUCUGAAGGGAAAAAGUACCACAUUUCUACAGCAAUUGAUGACAUGGAAGCUUUCUCUAAGUUAACAGAUACUAUUUAUCACCAGAUUCUGUACUCUAAUGAUCCCAAUAUGAAGGCAGCACAAGAUAUUUUAAAAAAAAUUGAAUGUCGUGAAUUGUACAAGUAUGUGGGUGAGACUCAGCCAAAGGUUCUGAUUCAGAGGGAAGAAUUUAAAAGCCUUCCAAAAGAUGUUGCUGCUGCUAAACCUGAGGGAAUAGAGCUAGAAGUUGAACUAAACGCUGAAGAUUUUAUAGUGGAUGUUAUCAACAUGGAUUAUGGGAUGCAAGACAAGAAUCCAAUUGAUUGCGUUGAUUUCUAUUGUAAGAGUGACUAUAAUAAAGCCAUAAAGAUUUCGAAAAAUCAGGUUUCACAGCUUUUGCCAGUUAUAUUUGCAGAGCAGCUGAUUCGUGUAUACUGCAGAAAGACAGAUGGAAAAAGUUUAUAUUCGGCACAGCAAUAUUUUGUUCAGUGGUGCUCACAGAAAAAUUUUAGCAAACCACGGGAUGGCGAUGUGGUUGCUCCCCUUAUAACACCUCAAAAACGGGAGUGGAAUGUCUCAGAUUUAUCCCAGAGUCCCGCUGAAAAACGGGAAUCAUCUGUCAGAACACGGCUGGUUUUCAAAUAACGUAGUAUGGAUGUCUGCAAUCAGUGUUUACAGAAACCCUCUCCCUGCUUCCAAAUUUGGUCAUCAAGUUCUACAAAUUUAAUAACUCAUUACUUUCAUUUUGCAUUUUGGAUACUGAACCUAAGAAAUUUUUUUCAAGGAGCUGUGUUUGAAGCUGUGUCCUGCUUCGAAUGCUAUUUGGCAAUAUUCCUAUACAUUAUUUUGUCAAUUUUUAAUACUAACAAAUGUCUUUCUUUUUUAGCAUUCUAUUUUCUUAGAAUAACAAUUAUUUUAUAUACACUUAACUGUUAAAACUUACGAUUUUUGUUUUGUUUUAUUUUGCUUUUUGUUUUUAAUUUGGAAAUGAGAUGAGGCUCAACACUGAAAACAAAUUCUUGCCAGAAUAUAGUACAGCGGGUAAAGCACUUCCUUUGCACAUCG